AUGACACGAAUAUCUGUUCUCUUUGUUUGUCCUCAGGUGCUAACAUCUAAAAUGCCACCACAUUGCUCCACUCUCCUGCUGCUGUGCGUGGCCCAGCUGCUGUCCCCGUCAUCUGCCCUGCCCUUCGAGCAGAAAGGCUUCUGGGACUUUGCCUUGGACACUAUGGACAGUGGUGGGAUGAUGUCAAUGAUGAGGGAUAUGGAAGAGGGUUCAGCCAUAGAUGACAUUACACCUACGUCACCCCCCUACAUGCCCAUGUGCCCCUUUGGCUGCCUCUGCCAGCUCAGGAUCGUCCAGUGCUCUGACCUUGGUUUGACGGAGGUACCAAAGGACAUUCCUCCAGACACCAAGUUCCUGGACCUGCAGAACAACCGCAUCACAGAGCUAAAAGAGAAUGACUUCAAAGGCCUUUCUAACUUAUAUGCUCUAUCCGUGAGGAAUAACUUGAUUUCCAAAGUCCACCCGAGAGCAUUUGCCCCUUUGAAGCACAUGCAGAAGCUCUACUUUUCAAAGAAUCUGAUGACCACCAUCCCCAAAAACCUGCCUGCCUCUCUGGUUGAGUUGAGGAUCCACGAAAACCUCAUCAAGAAAGUUGCAGCUGGGACCUUCUCAGGACUGGGCAAUAUGAAUUGCAUAGAAAUGGGGGCGAACCCCAUCCAGAACAGUGGUUUUGAACCUGGAGCAUUUAAAGGACUGAAACUGAAUUAUCUGCGCAUAUCCGAGGCCAAAUUAACCGGGGUGCCGAAAGAUCUCCCAGAGAAUCUUCGUGAGCUUCAUCUGGACCACAACCAGAUCCAGGCUUUGGAAUUAGAGGAUCUGAGCCGCUACAAAAACCUCAACAGACUGGGUCUUGGCUUCAACCACAUUCGCAACAUAGAGAAGGGGAGUCUCUCAUAUGUAUCAAUGCUUAGAGAGCUGCAUCUGGACAACAACCGCCUCACACGUAUUCCCCAAGGCCUUCCAACCAUGAAAUACCUACAAGUGGUGUACCUGCAUUCCAACAACAUCAGCCAGGUGGGUGUGGACGACUUCUGCCAACGAGGAUUUGGGAUGAAGAGGACAUUCUAUAACGGCAUCAGCCUUUUCGAUAACCCUGUCAACUACUGGGAAGUGCAGCCUGCGACAUUCCGCUGUGUCAGCAACCGGUAUGCCAUUCAGUUUGGAAACUACAAAAAGUAAAACCCGGGUGAUGCUGAGAGAUGGAAGGAGUGAUGGGAAGGUGACAGAGAACAGGGGAAGAGGCAGAUAAUUUAAUCAAGAAAAAAACUUGAGAGAUGGUGUGAGGGGAGUUUAUAUUUGAUAUCAUUAGAUUUAUUAUCAUAGUUUUUUUGUGGAGAGAUAAAGUGAUGGAAAAAACGGGCAAUAAAGUAAUGGAGUAAAAAGAGAUGAAAUACAUUAUCUCAUAACUUGAAGUGAGUGGAAGUCAAAAUUCCUGCAGUGCUGCAUCUGGGUUUUUGCUUUAUUACAAAAUGAGUUGGAGAGUUUUACCAUCUGAAGCAGAUGAAGAAGAGAAUGUUGGAGAAGAAUGUUUUUCCCCGAGCCUAUGUCAAUGAAAAACCAAUACUGAAAACUUGUGAAGCAUUUCAUUCCAUUUUUCUUUUCACAAUAGUUUUUAUUGUGGCAGAUGUUUUUCUAAUUCUUCUUAGAUUUUGGUUAAGAUAUGAGUAAAAAAAGGAAAAGCAGUGCAUUUUAUAAUAUUUUAUACAUAUAUAAGGGUGCUACAUGACUUCCUGUGUGUUUAUUUGUUGAAUAUUUGUUUGUCCCUGUUUCACAGCUCUGGGGAUUAAGAGUAGGUAAUAAAGGAUGUAGAGUUAUUUUUUAAACCAUCUCUCGAAACAAAAAAGACACAAAAGGUGAAAUAUUCUAAUUUGUCUGUUUGUUUUAUUAAAAGGGAAAAAGGGAUAAAAGUGACCUUAGAUCCAAAUGUAUUUUCUUAAUGAUCUCUUACUGAAUCUCCUAUGUGCCUUUAUUCAUUAUUAGCUAUCUGAGCAACAUCUUAAUGCAGUAUUUCUCACGGGGACCCUGUGAUAGGGGGGGACCCUUUUUAGAAUAAGGAAACACACAUCAGCUUUGCUUUGAGACAGUGAAGGCAUUGUGUUCACGUUGUGCUACAAACAGUAGUAGUGUUGAUGCAUUGUUUUGCACAGAUUUCUGCACAGUUUUUCUUAUGCUUUAUCUGCUUUAGGGUACAAUGUGGUAGGGUUAAGGGAGUGGGACCUAUGAGGAGCUACUUUAGCCAUAAGUAUUAUCUCCUGCUUCUGCUCUGUAACCUGACAACCUACAGCUGCAUGUGAAUAAAGACAUUUCAGUCUGUUGCAUCGAGCAAGAGAACAACAAAUGCCCUUGAGUUGGAUGCUGUGUGAGAAAUAAAGAGGAAAUGCCAAAAAAGGCUGUUGUUUAUUUAAUGUUUCUCUGAUUUAGUAAAGGUUUAAACAAUUGAAC